CGAUGAUACGAGUCUAUGAUAAAGCACUUGCACAUGCAGAUGAUUUGAUCUCCAAGUCGUAAAUCAAUGAGGAUUUCAUUUGGGUUUUAUACUCGCACCUCAGUGCCUUGGAUAUGGGAUUAACAGGCGUCGAUGAACUAAGCCGCUUACGUGAUCUCGCGACCUGGCAGGCACCUUCCAAACAGCCCAGGCCAAGCCGGUCCCACACGCGCCCAGCCUGAGUGAAGCUCUAGCUUAAUGUUAGAGAAAGGAGAAAAGAAGAGAUCAAGACCGGCCCGUGAUCUCAUUUCAUUUCUAUAAUCACUCCCUCACUUCACCGAAAUCAGACCUUGUCGUCCAAAUUUGGGAGUUCAUUCAUCGCGCUGAGGUGUCAAUAAAAGCAAACUCACAAAAUCUCAAAUCAACUCUAUUCAAUACGAAACAAACUCAACCGUAUACCUCAAGUGGGAAAGUAUCAGCGGCUGUUGGCGGUUGAACCUUAUGAUACACAUGAAGAGCAUACGCCAAAAGACGCCCAAAUGGAUGACUCUGAUAGUGAAUCAAUAGUCUCCACCAUCGUUAGUGAACACGACUAUGAUGAAGAAUGGACCGUGAAUGAAAUAUUGGCCGAAUGGCCUAUCGAUGGCCUGCCACGAUAUCUCAUCGAAUGGGAGAACUUUGAUUUGUGCGAGGCAACCUGGGAGCCUGCAGAAAACUUGAGCAAUGCCCUCCUGGAAGGUUGGGAGAAAACAAAACCGCGGGAUGAUUUUGACAUGUUCAAGAACAUUCGAGAUUGGAAGAAUGCCGUCAAGUCCAAAUAUGCUGCCAAGCUCGACCGCCACCAAGAAAGAAAUCGGCGCAGAAGGCUGAGAGGCGAAGAGGAAACCUCGUUCGUAGAGAUGGAAGAUCAUCUUAAAUGGGCCGAUCGAUUUCCAGAUGGUGAAGAGCCCAGCGGUUCUGUCGUCUCUAGUCCGUCUGUAGUCACAGACAUUGACAUGGAUGUUGAGGUCGGACACCUGUCACAACAUUUCGACAAAACACAAAGAGCUUCCGCAAGCCUAAGUGAAGAUAGUUCGCCAAAAAGUAGUCGUCGAAACAGCAUAGCAUCUGUCCAUCAGCCUCCACGACCGCCAAUGAACUCAGCUGCGACUACAACUACAAUCCCAUCCGCAUCCUCAAUCAGCCAGAAGCCACCACUGCGACGGCAACCAAGCAAAGUCCUUGCUGAUAACAAGAGACCACCACAAAAGCCAGUUGCUUCAAGCAAUCUCUUGUCAUCAAAGUUCGGCGUUCGUGGACCGAUAAAGCGGACCGAUAGUCGCCUACGCAAGGAGCAACCGACAAAGGCUCGCAAGACCCGACCUGCGCAAGCCUUCACAGGAAACGUAUUUUCAGGGGGCACAGUGAGAAAGCAGCGCACAACUCUGGCCGAAGCUGCUAAAGAUUCCACCAAACAGUCGAAGCUUUUGAAGCCACGGUAUGUGAGGAUCAUACAAAAAGCAGGUCGCGACAGAGAAAGCGCUGCACCUGCAAAACUACCGACAGACCUCAUCUCUCUGAACCCAGCGGAGCGAUCUGCCGACGGUCUGACUGCCUUACCGUUGCGUCCCGAAAUUCCGAAUGAAACAGUCAAACCCAUCCGACAAAAUAAGAACUCUGCUGAAAUCAUUUCCGAGGCCCCAAAGUCAAAGCCCAAGAAGUCAAUUAGUUGGGGCACCGUUGAAGAGGCAACGAUACCCGCCCGUGGAGAGCGAGAGGAAAGUCUCUUCUUACGCGAGGAUUCUCUCAUUCGAGCGACGACAUCAAUUAAAAUAGAAGAUGACCCUCGUGAAGCCGAGACAAACGCUGGGCCACAAUCCGAGUCGACCUUCCAGACAAAGGCUUCAGACAACCAAGAAUGUUGGGCUGGGAGAGCCCCUAUUAUGAAUGAUGAAUCGAGCUCUUCUAACAAAUCCAUCACCACGGAAGUGCAGUUUGGCCCAGGAAGUCGGGAAACAUUCUCGGUUAUUUUUGAAAGAGACGAGGAUCAGAAUGGGCAGCCUUGGUCGGGUAUCUUUGAACAGCACCCCAUCCUAAUUUUCACACACUCUUGUAUGACGCGGGACUUCUGGUCUCAAGAGACUGCCCUGGCUGCUGCCAAGCUGGGCACCGGCUCAGUGACAAGCAAUGGCGACCUAGAUAGUUUGGCUACAGUUGCGAAUUGGCUCUGUGUAAGAUCUGUGGGGGUUCUCCUACAUCACCAAGAACUGUGCAUCUUCCUAUAUGCAUCGUUUAAAGAGUCUGUAUUACUACAUUUUUACUUGUUUCGGCCUUCUCCUCACCUGAUAACGCGCUCGCUUGCGCCGAUUGUACUUCCAGAGGGCGUUGGCGGUGGCGAUGUCCUGCCACAAAUGAUACCGACAGUUUUCAACCGGCUUUUGGGAUUCCAGUAUGAGCAAUUACUACCAGAAAAGGCCCUCAUGGAUUAUAGCAACCACAACUUCUUCCUGGUAUUUCCAACGAAUGCUGUGGAAGAAGCUCACUUUCUGAGCGGGUGGCUACGAAGUUGCAACCCUCAGUGUAGGUUGCUUUCUAGCCUCACCACUGGACACUGGUCUAGCUUCAGGAAGCUAGACCAAGGCGUGGUCAUCGUGCAUGAAGAAGCAAUAUGGGCCACGCGACUGUUUCCUUCAGUCUGGACUCUCCUUCACAACGUGCCAAACUUCAAUUUCCGCCUCUUUUCCAUAUCUCUGCAACCUUCACCCUUUUAUCCCUCUCUUGGCCAACCAUCCCGGAUCGGGGAUGUCACUCUGCAAACUAUCUGCGGACAGAAGAAAGCUGUAUUAGUUACUCCCAGUUUUGUUAUCUCACAGCCUCAGCAGGCCUGGGCUUUCUUCAAGUGGGCUUACAAAUAUUGGCUGCAACAUCGCGGCGCUUUUACGCUCAUCGUAUGUGCCGAGUUUGAGAAUUGGGUUCACGAGGUAGCUGUUGGGGUCAAGGAAGACUGGGAGACGCAUUUAGAGAGUAUCCGAGUACGUGAAGAGGACAAAGCGACAGCCGAGAAAGAAAUCGAUGCUCUUUUUAAGUGCUUGCAACAUGUCAGAGAGAUAACAGGACCUUCGGACGAUGACCAACCGGCUCUGGUGUUCGCGCCUGAUUCGAUUGAUGGCAACGAUGAGCAGAGUCUUGUCAACUGGUUUGGGUGGUGGUCUAUUUUGAAUUUGGACCAGUAUCGGCAUUUCACCGUGCUCGGAUCAAGCCCUAAUGCUGGCAUUCAGAGACUCACUCACCAGAUCCGGAUCCCCCAAUAUACUCCCUCAACUUUGGGUAACCCAGGUGAUGUUUGGGGAAAAGUUAACCCUGCCGGCUCCUCCCUUGUCGCGCAGAAUCAAUCAGCUGUGGAGAGAACACCUCAGAAAAGACUCCAAUUAAUCCCUCGCGAUGACGCUGUAUCGUUCAAGCACUUCCUAGGAAAACUAGAAAACAAUAUUCGGGACAGGGACUGGGGCCCCCAGGCAGUCUUCACUUGCCCCGUCUCUUACUGGAAUAUGGAUAUGGCACAUGAUUUUCCCGAGUUCGAAACAUACGAUAGAUGCCUUCGCUAUUUCAAUGAAAGGAUUCAUGGCCACACCUUUAUCAAUACUGGUGUGGCCUUCUGCUACACGAUUGAAGGAUCCUGGAAGUACGGCGACAAUCGAGAAGCCACAAACAAGAACCAACGGCCGUGGAUUGCUGUAUACAGACCUAUUGAGGUAUUCAAGAAGCCAUGGCGUGCAAUGGAGUUGAUAAUAUGGGACCCUGUCAUGAAAAUGCCGGACAAUGAUUCAUACGUUUACGAUGGGGAACUUAUUGAAGCACAACGCGAAAUGAUACGGCUUGCUGAAGAGCCCCACAACAAAAUGCCGCUGGCGAAAGUAUGGAUUGGGGGACCAGAUGUGAUUCCGCAGGGGCUUAUUGACCCUGUCGAUAUCACUAUCCACCAGCUUCAGCAUCUUAUGAGGAAUCUGAAGGCAUCUAUUCCAGCCGUACCGCCAGUGAUGAUAUCUCAGGGAUGGAGGGAAGUCAGACCAGGGAAUGCGCCCAUCAGAUCACGGCCACCCUCUCCAGAGGCAAUGGACAUUGAUGAACCUACGGAUACAAAUGAUGCGGCAGAUGAGGACCUGAAGAUUGUUUUUCAUGCUCCUCGUGGGAAGAAUAUGGAUCGGCCGACCAAGUGCAAAAACCGCCUCUUUAUGCAUUGCGCAAAUAAAAGGAGUGAGGGAUACCGCGGAAGAACGAUGAAUUUUGUCUUCAGACCAACUCUGGACUGGUACGAUGAGCAGGUACAAGAAGGCCGAGGUUUCGAGCAUAUUAGGGUUAUGCCGUGGCCAGCCUUUUUCUCCAAACAUUCAAUCGAAGUCCCUGAGCGACCUGAUAUGGGCUCAGAGCGGAGGGCCAAGGAGGCAAAUAACUAGGGCAUGCCGCAUGGAGGGGUUCAUUUCUACGUGAUACCAUGAUGGAUGGAUGUGUAGGGGGUAUAUUGACAUGGUUAUGUAUGACGAUGGAGUACUGUAAAGACUAAAUGUACAUUAUGAAAGCUUUCCCGAGAGCAACACAGAUGAUAUGAAUUGCCGUUUUUAGAACCUGGUUUCAGAAAUAAAUCAUCGUGCCGAGGCGGGGAAGUUUCUCGUGCUUAGCAAGACUCCCUUCACACGCCGGAUGUUAUCCCGCACCUUGCGGAUUUCAUCAUCUGGCUCAGGCUUGCGUGAGCGGCCGUACAAGUCAUAGCCAGUACUGUGAUCGGGAUACGCAGUGUACGUCAUUGUGUCGAGGUCAUCCCGUAGCACGUCAACAGCAGUUUUGAUCUUAUCCAUGCCUUCGCUCUGGGAACGGUAUUCAUCCUUCAGGCCAGAAAGAGUCUUGUUCAAACUAGCCAGUUGAUUGGUGUUAUGCUUGGCAGCUGACUCGUUAUUCUUGGAGUCUGUCAUCGCUGUCACAGAGCUUAUGGGGAAUGUGGUUUGAGUGCCCAUGUCCCUGUGGAACAUCUCCGUAGGGUCUUCAGCAUCGCUCUCCUCCUCGACUGCGGCGAUGGGUUUCUUGGGAGGAACCUCGGAGACGGUCUUUUCAAGCUUUGCGACGAGGGCAUCGAGUUUUCGCGAGGUCAGGUCGUGGAAAUCUGUACGGGCUUCGGCCUGACUGUCAACCAUAGGCCGAAUAACGUAACGACUUGUGCCAUAGAUGAGGGUGGAAAGGCCAGUGACUGCGUAGAGGGCGUUGAAAAGACGCUCCUUUGUAACGAGAGGAGGAGGACGGGGUGCCUUCGCAAGGAAUUCAGGGUAUGUGACGACUGGGGGUCGGUCGACGGGCGGAUGGGAAGCUGGUGUUGGCGGGAGAGUUUCGGUGGGUGUUGGAGCAUAAGAAUUGGUUGUUUCUAAGGUUGGGGCCUUGAAAUUGUCAGCAUAGUACUUGGGAGCAAUAUAAGAAGUAAUAGAAA